AUGGUGCUGUGGGAGUCCCCGCGGCAGUGCAGCAGCUGGACACUUUGCGAGGGCUUUUGCUGGCUGCUGCUGCUGCCUGUAAUGCUACUUAUCGUAGCCCGCCCGGUGAAACUCGCAGCUUUCCCUACCUCCUUAAGUGACUGCCAAACGCCCACCGGCUGGAACUGCUCUGGUUAUGAUGACAGAGAAAAUGAUCUCUUCCUCUGUGACACCAACACCUGUAAAUUCGAUGGGGAAUGUUUAAGAAUUGGAGACACUGUGACAUGCGUCUGUCAGUUCAAGUGCAACAGUGACUAUGUGCCUGUGUGUGGCUCCAAUGGGGAGAGCUACCAGAAUGAGUGUUACCUGCGGCAGGCUGCAUGCAAACAGCAGAGUGAGAUACUGGUGGUGUCUGAAGGAUCAUGUGCCACAGAUGCAGGAUCAGGAUCUGGAGAUGGAGUCCAUGAAGGCUCAGGAGAAACCAGCCAGAAGGAGACAUCCACCUGUGAUAUUUGCCAGUUUGGUGCAGAAUGUGAUGAAGACGCUGAGGAUGUCUGGUGUGUGUGCAACAUUGACUGUUCUCAAACCAACUUCAAUCCCCUCUGUGCUUCUGAUGGGAAAUCUUAUGAUAAUGCAUGUCAAAUCAAAGAAGCAUCAUGUCAGAAACAGGAGAAAAUUGAAGUCAUGUCGUUGGGUCGAUGUCAAGAUAACACAACUACAGCUACUAAAUCUGAAGAUGGGCAUUAUGCAAGAACAGAUUAUACAGAGAAUGCUAACAAAUUAGAAGAAAGUGCCAGAGAACACCACAUACCUUGCCCAGAACAUUACAAUGGCUUCUGCAUGCACGGGAAGUGCGAACAUUCUAUCAAUAUGCAGGAACCAUCUUGCAGGUGUGAUGCUGGUUAUACUGGACAACACUGUGAAAAAAAGGACUACAGUGUACUGUACGUUGUUCCCGGCCCUGUCCGAUUUCAGUACGUCUUAAUCGCAGCUGUGAUUGGAACGAUUCAGAUUGCUGUCAUCUGUGUGGUGGUCCUCUGCAUCACAAGGAAAUGCCCCAGAAGCAACAGAAUUCACAGACAGAAGCAAAAUACAGGGCACUACAGUUCAGACAACACAACAAGAGCGUCCACGAGGUUAAUCUAAAGGGAGCAUGUUGCCCAGUGGCCGGACUACCGACAGCUUGGACUACACAAUACAGUAUUAUAGACAAAAGAAUAAGAUGAGAUCUACACAUGUUGCCUUGCAUUUGUGGUAAUCUACACCAAUGAAAACAUGUACUACAGCUAUAUUUGAUUAUG